AUGUUUCUUAAUUUAAUAAAAGGUUUAGAAAAGAAUGAAGAUAAGGAAAAUGUUGUAAAUAUAAAUAUACAGAAAUUGUUAGGUGAUAAAACAUACGAGAAAAGAAAAAAAGGAGCACAGGAACUAGCCGAGUUAGUAAAAAUUAUAUUAUUAAAAGAAGAAAAUGAUGAAAAAAAACAUAUAGAUAAAUUACUAGAUGAACAUAAAAAUAAUGAAGAUGCUGGAGAUUUUAAUAUUACGAAAAAGUUUUCAGAUAUGGAAGUUAACAAAAUUUCGAAUAAUCUUUUAAAAGCUGAAGAAGAUGAUGAAUUAAAUAAUAGUGAAUAUUAUUUUAAAACGUAUAAUGAUGAAAAGUUAAAAAAAAAAAAAAACGCCUUAGAUGACAUAGGAACAGAUGAUGAUAAUAAUAAAGGAUAUACGAUAAUUGAUGAUGAGAAGGGGAGAAAACUGAAUGAAGAAUAUGCCAAUAAAAAUAAUAUUGAUGGGGAUAAAAAGAGUCAAGAUAAAGUAUAUAUUAAAGGUACAAAGGAAUACGAAAAAAUAAACAAAUAUAAACAAAAUAAUAUGAAAAAGGAAAGUGUGAGAAAUUCAAAUAUAAUGAUAGAUACAAAGGAAAUAAAUAAUUCUCAUAUUUAUGGCCAUGGACAAGAAGAUGGAAAAGAAUAUAAUGGUGAUGAUGAUCAUAAUAAUAAAAACAAUGCUCAUGAUGAUGAUGAUGAUGACGAUGAUGACGAUGAUGAUGAAGAUGAAGAGAAUUAUGAAGACGUAAAUGUCAAACGAUACAAUGAUUCAGACGAUAGUGUUGAUGAGAAAGAUAAAAAAAGAAAGAAAAGAAAUUUAGAAAAUGAAAAAUCAAAUUUAUUAUAUCAACAUAUGAAUGAAGAAAAAUAUAUUUUAGGAUCAGAAAUAAUAAAAAAAUUAUUAUUAGAUAAAUGUAAAGAAAAUUGUGAUUUAGAUAUAGAACUAACGAAACCUAUUGAUAAUAGUAAUAAUAAUAAUAAUAAUAAUAAUUAUUAUUAUAUUCGUAAUAAAAAUAGUGUUUCAUCUGUAGAUAUAAAUAAAGAGAAAAGAAAAAAAACUUUGAAUAAUAUAUUAUAUGAUAAUGAUAUAUAUUUAGAUAAUUUUAAUAAAAAAUAUCAAAGUCAAAAAGUUAUAAAUAUUAUAAAUUUUUUAGAUAAUAAAUUUAUUCAAAGUGUAAGUAGUUCAGAACGAUGUGGAGGUUUAAUAUCUUUGGCAUUUAUAUCCAUAAGUCUUGAUGAAAAAAUACAAUAUUAUUUUACGGAAAUUUUACGUAUUAUUAUAUCAUGUAUUAAUGAUGCAGAUUCUAAAGUUAGAUAUUAUGUUUGUGAAAGUUUAUAUAAUUUAUGUAAAGUGUCUAGGAAAUAUAUUUUUCAUAAUAUAGAAGAUAUCUUUGAUUGUCUCUAUCGAAUUUUUUCAGAUACUUGUCCAAAUGUAAAAAGUGGAGGAAUAUAUUUAGAUAAUUUAAUAAAAGAUUUAGUUUGUUCUUAUAAUAAUAUUUUUUAUAUUUAUAAAAUUAUAUAUAUAUUAAAAGACAAAAUAUAUAUUGAAAAUACAAAUGUUCGUCAACUUAUUAUAUCUUGGUUAUUUUUUUUACAAAAUAUUCCUACUAUUAAUAUAUUUGAAUAUUUCCAUUUUUUUAUUAAAGAUCUUUUCAUAAUGUUAUCUGAUGAAAAUAAAGAUAUUCAAAAACAAGCUAAUCAAUGUUUAGAUAUAUAUAUAGAUAAAAUUGUAACAUCCAAUUAUGAACAAUGCAGAACAUUUUUUAAGCAUAUAGCAUAUGUGAUUUUAGAAUUUUGUGGACACAAAAAUACUGUAAUUAAACAUAAAAGUUUAUUAUGGAUAUAUCAUUUUAUUAAUAUUUUAAAUAUUCAUUUUUAUAAUAUAUUUGAUUCAUCAACAAAAAAAAAUAACACAUUUUUAAUAGAACUUUUGAAAAAAAUUAUAGCAUCUACAUCAGAUGUAUGUUUUGAUAUACAUUAUACAGCACGAAAAUGUAAUGAGUUGUUAAUAAGUUAUGUAAAAUUUACAUAUUUGGAAUCUGCACCUUUAAUAACAAAAUUGGUUUGUUUAAUUAUUAAUACAAAAAUAGAAAAGAGCGAAUUAGUUGUAAGUGCAAGUAAGGAUAGUACAAAUUAUAAAAAUUAUCAAAAGAAAUAUUUCUCAAGAAGAAAAAAAUUGUACAAGGAUUUAAUGUAUGAUCGCGGAAACAAUUUUCCAAAUGGUGUAAAUCCUUCUGAGGGGUAUAAUAAUGAGAUGAAUGUUGAGGAAAAUAAUAAAAUGCUUGAUCAAGAAGAUAACAAAUUGAAUAAUCUUGUUAAUAAACAUGAGAAUAUAUCUAACAAAGGACGAAACGAAAGUAGUAUUAUAAAAAGUAAACAUGAUGACGAUAAUGAAAAUGAUUAUUCUAUAUAUAAAGAUGAUGAAAGUUAUAUUACAAAUAUAGGAAAUGAGAGAAAGGUAACAAAUUCUUUAUUUCAUAACGAUGAAAAAAACGAUGUAGAAGAAGAUUCUUUGUUAAAUGUAAAUUGUUUUAAUAAUGUUACAGCAGAAGAUGAAGAUUUUAUACAAAUGAAUGACACAGGAAAAAUACAAAAUAUGAGAGAUCAAAUUGGAUCUUAUAAUAAAGGAAAUAAUAAAGAAAUUAUUAAUGAUAAUAAUAAAAAAAAUGAUAAACAUAAAGACAUUAACAGUAUUAACGACAAUAAUAAUAUUAAUGACAAUAUUAAUAUUAAUGGCAAUAAUAAUAUUAAUGACAAUAUUAAUAUUAAUGGCAAUAAUAAUAUUAACGACAAUAAUAAUAUUAACGACAAUAAUAAUAUUAAUGACAAUAAUAAUAUUAAUGACAAUAAUAAUAUUAAUGACAAUAAUAAUAAAAACAUUAACAAUAUUAAAGAUGAUGAUGACAAAAAUUAUCAUAAUAACAAUUUUAAUAAUAGCCUAAACAACAGCAAUGAUAAUGCUAGCGAGUCGUUAAGCUUUGAAUCAUAUAAUUUGUUUUAUAAAAAAGAUAAUUAUUCCUAUGAGGGGAAAAGUAAACCCUUAAAUACACAGUUAUCAAAAGAAGAAAAUUACAACUGUAAAAUUAUUUAUAAUCAUGAGAAGUUAAUAAACGAAUUAAAAGAAAAAAAACUCUUAAUGGGUGAUGUAAGUAAAAGUGAAGCAUAUUAUAUAAAUAAAAUUAUAAAAAAAAAAGGAAAUAAUAUUAAUAAUAAUAAUAAUAAUAAUAAUAAUGCUGAUGAUGAUGAUAAUGAAGAUGAUGAUUAUAAUGAUAAUGAUAAUGAUGAUGACGACGACGAUGAUGAUGAUGAUAAUAUAUUUUAUGAUAAUUUAGAAAAAAGGAAUAUAUAUCCCGUUAUUACGUGUUUACAAUGGUUAAUUGAAAUAUUAAUAUAUAAAAGUAAUGAAAUAAAAACUUAUUAUGAUGAAAUUAUUAUAUGUAUUUUUAAAUGUUUAAAAAAUGAUGAUAAUAAAGUAUUGUUAUUAUCACUUACUGUAUUAUCAGCUAUGUGUGGGACAGUUGAUAAUAAAUUUCAUUUUUAUGAGAAAAUAAGUUUAAAUUUAAUAAACAUAUUUAAAAAUGAUGAAAACUUAUUAAUACAUAAAGGUAAAGUUAUAGUUCAACAUAUAUCUCGAUGUUUAAAUAAUAAAAAGUUUUAUGCAUAUUUAUGUUAUUUACUUAUAAAAGAAAAUAAUUUUACAUUUGUAAAUAAAUUUGUACAAGUUUUAAAUUGGGUUUUAUUAACAUCUGAUGAAACCAAAUAUUUAAGAAAUGUUUUAUUUCUUAAAAAAUAUUAUAAUAUAUUCUCGCUUAUAUUAAUAGCAUCGUUUCAUAAUCCUUUAUCAGCUAUAUCAUUUUUAUUAUGGUUACAGAAAUAUGAACUAGCAUAUUAUAUAUCAUCUUAUUUAACUUUAUUGGAUGUUAAUUCAGAUUUCUUUCAUCAACUUGAUAAUUUUAUUUUCUUAUUUGAAUCACCAGUAUUUUCAAAACAAAGAAUUCAUUUAAUAUAUCCAAAGAAUUAUCCAUUUUUAAUUAAAUCAUUAAUGAUACUCUCUUUAAUGUUACCACUUAAUACAUCCAACAACAUUUUACAGAAGAGAUUACAAAUAUCUCAAUUGUCCAUAUUAACAAGUAAUGAAAAAAUGCAAAGUUUUUUUGAUAUACAUAAUCAUAAUGGAAUAUAUCAUAUUGAAGAUAAUUAUGAUCAUAAAGAAAUAGAUAAUAAAAUAAAUGACCAAGACAAAUUAAAAAAACGUGAAACGUCUCAAUUAAAUUUAUAUGAAAAUACAGAAGAAUUUAUUCAAUUAUGUAAAAUGGGAAAUGAAGAACAAACAAAAGAAUAUAAUAUUUUAGAAAAAACAGAUAUUGAAAAACAUAAUGAAGAAGAAUUAUGGAAUAAUAGAUAUAAUUAUUUAUUAACUAACAUAAAAAAAAAAUUCUUAAAAGAUACCGUAACAAAUGAUAAUCAUAAUAAUAAUACGCAUAGCGUUUCAUAUAAGAACGACGAAUGUAACGAAUUUGUUCAUAUAUUCAAAACGGUAUUAAAAACUCAUAAAAUAAUUAAAUAUUAUUCUUAA